GGGCCGAGCUCCCGGUGUCGCAGCGGCGGCACCGGCGGAGCUACCGGAGGGGGCACCGGAGGAGGCACCGGGGGAGGCACCGGGGGAGUUACCGGCAGCACCGGCGGCGCCUUCCGCGGGCCGGCACCUGGCACACGAUGCGCCCCCAAAGCCCCUGGGCCGCCGGGCCCGCGGCGCUGCUGCUCCUCGCCGCCCUGGCGGCCCCCGAGGCGCUGCCCACCGCCCGCGGCAGGAAGAAGGUGGUUCAUGUCAUGGAGGGGGACAGCGGCGCCGUGGUGGUGCAGACGGCCCCGGGCAAGGUGGUGACGCACCGCGGCGGCACCAUCAUCCUGCCCUGCCGCUACCACUACGACGUGACCGCGCACGACCCGGCCGAGAUCCGCCUCAAGUGGACCAAAGUGACGGAGCCCAUGGCGUUCGUGGACGUGUUCGUGGCGCUGGGCAAGGCCCGCCGCGCGUUCGGGCCCUAUCGCGGCCGCACGGCGCUGCAGGAGGACGGCGCGGGCGACGCGUCCCUCAUCAUCCGCAACGUGACCCUGCAGGACUACGGGCGCUACGAGUGCGAGGUGACCAACGAGCUCGAGGAUGACACCGGCGUGGUCAAACUGGACCUGGAAGGGGUGAUUUUCCCGUACCACCCUCGCCUGGGGCGCUACACGCUCAACUUCCACGAGGCGCAGCAGGCGUGCCUGGAGCAGGACGGGAUCCUGGCCUCGCACGACCAGCUGCACCAGGCGUGGCUGGAGGGCAUGGACUGGUGCAACGCGGGCUGGCUGCAGGACGGCUCCGUGCAGUACCCGAUCUCCCGGCCCCGCGAGCAGUGCGGCCGCAAGGACACGCCCGUGGGCGUCCGCAACUACGGCUACCGCCACAAGGAGAGCGAGCACUACGACGCCUUCUGCUUCACCUCCAACCUCAACGGCAAAGUUUAUUUCCUGAAGACCUUCCGCAAGCUGAGCUACCCGGAGGCCGUGCAGGCGUGCAAGAACAACGGCGCGGCCGUGGCCAAGGUGGGCCAGCUGUACGCGGCCUGGAAGCUGCAGCUGCUGGACCGCUGCGAGGCGGGCUGGCUGGAGGACGGCAGCAUCCGCUACCCCAUCGUGAACCCCCGCGCCCGCUGCGGCGGCCGCGAGCCCGGCGUGCGCAACCUCGGCUUCCCCGACAAGAAGUACAAGCUCUUCGGCGUGUACUGCUUCAAACAGGCCGGGGACGCGCCGCCCGUGGUGGCCGCGGGCUUCCCCAAGCGCGUGUGAGGGUUCGGGACGCUCGGGCAGCGCGCCCGGGUUCGGGAUUCGGGG